GUGAUGCACUAAGUGCCGCUGUUGGUCAGUAUGUUCGUGUUUUAAACACUCAUUUUUAGAUCCUCCUCCACUUUCUGACAUCAUACAGUCUGCAGAAUAUCUCUUUCAUUCGGACGGUCUCUUUUUAAUACUGAAGCGUCGAGACAUUCGCUUCUCAGUGUUUUCGGGUGAAGUUUGAUUUUUCACCCUUUUUAAAUCUUUUGUUCUUUGUCUUUUCUUCUGUAUGGAAUAGAAGAUUUGGAUGAUGUCGGUUCUUUGUUGUUUUUACGCCCAGAGAGGCGCAUCUUCGACGCGGAUGUCAUCAUGGCUAAUGCAGCGUCUCGUGCUCUGCGUCUUUGUCAUGGCCGUUGCGCGCGGGCAGGUCCGUUAUUCUGUUCCAGAGGAGAUGACAAAGGGCUCUCUGGUGGGAAAUAUCGUUCAGGAUCUCGGUUUGGAUGUUAAGAGGCUGAAAUCUGGUCGAGCGCGGAUCUUUACGGAGGACAGUCGUGAGUACAUCGGUCUGAAUGUGGAUAAAGGGACGCUGAUAGUGAAAGAGAGGAUAGAUAGAGAGGAGCUGUGCGCGCAAGUGUCUCCCUGCUCCUUACAUUUUCAGAUCAUUCUAGAAAACCCAAUGGAGCUACAUAGAAUUGAUGUAGAAAUAUUAGAUAUCAAUGAUCAUGCUCCUGUUUUUGCCAGAAAGGAAAUAGAUUUUCAAAUAAGUGAAUCUGCACUUCCCGGGGCUCGAUUUUCAUUAGACAGCGCGCACGAUCCUGACACUGGUACAAACGCGCUCAAGUCAUACACUUUAAAUCCAACAGAUAAUUUUGAUUUGAAGGUUCUAUCACGAAACGAUGGCUCCAAAUACGUCGAAAUGGUUCUUAAAUUACCUUUAGACAGAGAGACUCAGGAGGAGCACAAGUUAACCCUUACAGCCUUUGAUGGCGGCAAUCCGCAGAGAACUGGCACUGUUAGGAUAAGUGUUACUGUCAUAGACGCAAACGAUAACGCCCCUGUUUUCAGUCUACCGGUUUACCGUGUUUCUUUAUUUGAGAAUUCACCAAAGGGUGCUGUAGUAAUCAAGGUAAGCGCCACUGAUAAUGACCAAGGCGCAAACAGUGAGGUUACAUAUUCUUUUUCACGUAGUUCAGGGAAAGCCCUUGAUUUAUUCCAUAUUGACACAAAUACAGGUGAAAUUACCACAAAGGGGGUUUUGGAUUACGAGAGGGCGAAGCAGUUUGAGUUAAACAUAGAUGCUACAGACAAAGGUGGUUUAACUGACUCUAGUAAAGUUGUAAUCGACAUUACAGAUGUAAAUGACAACCCCCCUGUAAUUAGUGUGAUUUCAUUUUCUAACCCAAUACCCGAGGACGCAGCACCGGACACAGUGAUAGCGAUGCUGAAUGUCAAAGAUGUGGAUUCGGGGAGAAACGGACAGGUUAAAUGUUCAAUUUCUGCAAAUUUGCCAUUCAAAAUUAGAUCAUCUGCCCCAAAUUUCUAUAGUGUGACAACUGAUCAGUUAUUAGACCGUGAAAAUAUGUCAGAAUAUAAUAUCACAAUAACUGCUAUAGACGAGGGCUCUCCAUCUUUCUCUACUAAUAAAACACUGACUCUGAAAAUCUCUGAUGUCAAUGACAACGCCCCUGUGUUUCAGCGUCAGUCAUACACCGCAUAUGUGCUGGAAAAUAAUUCCCCCGGAGUCUCUGUUUUAUCUGUUAAAGCGCAUGACAAAGACUCUGGCAAUAACGCGCGCGUUUCAUAUUAUCUAGAGGAUGUUCUCGUGAAUGGCGUCUCUGCCUCGACUUAUAUUUCAGUGAAUGCAGAGAGCGGAGAGAUUCUUGCUGUUCGUUCUUUUGAUUAUGAGCAAACAAAAGAGUUUAACAUUCGCGUAAAAGCGCAGGACGGAGGCUCUCCUCCUCUCAGCAGCAACGCGAGCGUCAAAAUCAUCAUUCAGGACCAGAAUGACAACGCGCCUCAGGUUCUGUACCCGGUCCAGUCAGGUGUUUCUGUGGUGGCUGAAAUAGUGCCUCGAUCGGCAGAUGUGGGUUAUCUGGUGACUAAAGUGGUGGCUGUAGAUGUGGACUCUGGUCAGAACGCCUGGCUCUCAUAUAAACUGCAGAAAGCCACAGACAGGGCGCUGUUUGAAGUGGGCGCACAGAAUGGAGAAAUAAGAACUGUACGCCAAGUGACAGAUAAAGAUGCUGUCAAACAAAGACUCACUGUUGUAGUGGAGGACAACGGACAGCCCUCUCGAUCAGCUACAGUCAUUGUUAACGUGGCGGUGGCGGACAGCUUCCCGGAAGUGCUCUCGGAGUUCACUGACUUUACGCACGACAAGGAAUACAACGAGAACCUGACUUUCUAUCUAGUCUUGGCUUUGGCUGUGGUUUCAUUUCUCUUCAUCGUGUCUAUCAUCGCCAUACUGUCAGUCAAAUGCUACAGAUGGAGGCGCGAGCGGAUGUUUUAUAAAUCUGGAGCGAAUCUUCCAGUUAUUCCGUAUUAUCCGCCUCUUUACGCAGACGUAGGCGGCACAGGAACUUUACAGCACGUGUACAAUUAUGAGGUUUGCAGAACCACUGACUCCAGAAAGAGUGAUCUGAAAUACGUCAGACCUUGCAGUGAGAGCAUCAUUAGUCUGGACACCAGUGGGACACACACACUCACGCAUGCGCAAAGAGGAAAUCUGAAUAAUGAUGAUUCUUUUGAUCAGCAAAAACCACCCACUGGUGACUGGCGCUUCACCCAGAACCAGAGGCCCGGGCCCAGCGGGGCUGCUGCCACUCCUGAGGUUGCCAUGGGAACCGGACCCUGGCCCAACCCCCCCACUGAGGCCGAGCAGCUCCAGGCGCUGAUGGCCGCGGCUAAUGAGGUGAGCGAGGCGACCAACACUCUGACCCCAGGCACCAUGGGUCUGACCACCCGCUACAGUCCUCAGUUCACCCUGCAGCACGUGCCCGAUUACAGGCAGAACGUCUACAUCCCCGGCAGCACUGCCACCCUGACCUCCAACCAGCAGCAAGUCCAGCAGCAGGCCCUGCCUCCGGCACAGGUCCCCGUCCCACAACCAGAGCCGCCCAAGGCCGCCCAGACGCCCGCCAGCAAGAAGAAGUCCACCAAGAAGGAGAAGAAGUAGAGGGCUGAUGCACGAUCUGUAACUAGUUGGAGAGAAAUAUGAGGUUAAAAAAAAAAAACAUUGUCAAUGUUAAAACCCACUUCUCAGAUUUCACACAUGCAUUAUUUUCCUGUUCAAGUACUGUAAAAUCAUUUGCAUAUAAUUCUGAUCACUUUGUUUUUCAUAUGUCCGUUUGCCAAGUUUAUGCAACACUAUAUUCCUGCGUAUAUCUAGCCAAUAAUGUAUUUACCACAGUAAUACUUUACCGUGAUCAUGAGAGGAAAUGUAUUAUUAAAACAAUCAAAGACACAUCGCCGCGUUUCAUGACGUGCCCAGUAGGAUGAUGCGGUGUUUGUAAAAGUGCAUCAUGAUUUUUAUUACUUUUGUUAUUGUUUACUAAAACACCACUAUGACUUUUUUCCUAUUGAUGAUUUUUGACGUGUUCAUGUCAGGUGAUUAUAGCUGCAUGCUGGUUUUUUGCUCCAUGGAUAAUCUCCACGUCACCUGACGUCUACAAACACGCUUUUACACCGUCCGCUUUUGUUGUGUUUUUCAAAUAAUUGAAGAAUGGAUUCCCCUGUGUAUCACUGAGCCAGAGUUGUGAUGUUUUAAACGUUUGCUGAAUGUUUUCCGAGCCAUUGAAGUCCACAAACACGCAGUGGCAUAUUGUCCUUAAUAUUCAGUAUUUCCAGGUUAUCCUGAAGUGUUGAAGCUCUUUAUCAGUGCUGGUUAGUAAUGAUACUCGCUAUGAGUAUCCGCUGUUUUAAUGGUGACAAAACCUCCGGAUAUUUUGAGUGGCUGACAUACGGCAUCUUUUUUCUUUUCUUUUUUUUUUUGCCAUGAUUGUGCAACAAGCUCAGUGAACAAUUGAUUUCAAUAAUUCAAUCCUCGUCAAUAUGCUGUUUCAGAAGGCAACUUGUGCUCACCGAAUGUACAAGCAGCACAUGUUAAAUGCAUUAAAGAGUCUGUUAGUUGAACUUUUGUAAAGCAAAUACUCAUGAUAAAAAAUAUUCCAUCCAAAUGCUGAUUCCGGUCCACUUUCCUAAUGGCAUGACGUUCCUUUGUAAAUAGCAAUCCGCCCUUAAAACACGCAUUAAACCUUUUCAGAUAAUCAGUUUAAGAGGAAUGGCUUACUACUGGAAUGUCAUUUUAUUUUUUAGAAAAAAAAAGAUCAAAAAUAAAAUAAAGGAAAAAAACAAAACAACAAAAAAAAAACAUGUCACUGUUACCGAUGUAGUUCUUUAGUACUAUGAAAGCCAACUAACGCACCUGUAAAUAAAGAGUUUAACUUUUACUUAUGAAAUUAAAUAGUGACACACUCUUAGUCUAGAAGUUGUGAUGUUCUGCAUAUAUUUUUGUGUUAAUUUUUCUCUCUUUUCCUGUCACACUUUUCCAUGAAAAGACACAAAAUGGAGGACAAAUAGACCUAAACGCCUCUGUUUAUUAAUUUGGUGAUCUCUGUUGUGCUUACAUGCUUCUUAAUGUCUAUAUAAAGAAUCUGAAUAGAUCUAUUAUCUGUGUGUGUGUGUGUGUGCGUGUAUGUCUGCUGAUGCUGUAAUCCUGCUGUAACAUCGCUGAUAAGACGCUUUGAUUCCCGCCUCCUGUGUGCUACUUGCAUUUUAUAUGCUAAUAUUUAUAUUGCUGUUUUAUUUUGAUUUUUUUCUUCUUUUCCUGAACACUGACAUUUCAAAUAAAAGGUUCUCAAAUUA